AUGACUUCAAUCAGAGACAUGGCUAAAAGUGCAAUCAUUUUAUGGGCAGUCUGCUUCUUUGCCAAUUCCAAUGGGAAAGCUGUGAUGAAGAGGUCAGUGAGUGAAAUGCAAAUGAUGCAUAAUUUGGGGGAACACCUGCAUUCUGCAGACAGGCAAAACUGGCUCCUUGAGCAACUGCAGACCGUGCACCACGACCCCCAGGCCGCUGAAGCAGCAGGAGCAGUGAAUGUUAAGGCCCGUGAGGUCCGAAGCUGGAGGUUGUUCCCUGAUAACCUGCAGGCAAAGCUGCAAAAGAAAGCACCGGAUUCUAACAAAAAAUUAUAGAGAUGUCACCUUCAAAACAAGACUCCAGUGAGAGGGUCCAUAGUGUUGCCUUUCCAGCUAAGUGCAUACAGUAGUGAGCAAUUAGGGCAUUUUGUUAUUUAUUGUUUAUAAAAUGAUGUUUAAGGGCA